AUGGUUCUCAGGGAUGUUGACAUCACAAAGACGUUGGACUACUCAUCUGCAAUAGCCAUUCUCGGAUUCUCACUCAUCGUAUCCAUCUUAAGAACCUUUGAUAUGCGGGUGGAGGCUGCAAGAGUCAUGGUAUCCCCUCCAGUACUAGCUUUUGUCACCUCACACAUAAUGUACAUUAACUUAUACAAACUUGACUAUGAUAUACAGAAAAGUUGGAACAUGAUUGUGUGUGUGGCCAUGGGAGUCGCUCAGCUUUUCCUAUGGGCAAGAUGGGCCGCUGUUUCUAGACAUCCUUCUAAUUGGAAACUGUGGGUGGUUGUGGCUUAG